AUGAAUACGGUUGUUUUUCGAAUCUUCAUACAGCAAGGAGUUUGUCUCCUGCGAACGACGAUCGAUCCGAGUAUACGUCGACGCGGCAGCUUUGCAAUGGCAAUUAUCAUCCUGAGUAGUGUUAUGUCGUACAAUGCAGAAGACAGCGAUGCUUUCAAAACUAUUAUGUUCUUUUGUGGAGGUUUGGAGCCAAUUGAUUUCGAACAUAGCUUUGGAUUUGUAGUUGAAACCGGCGGGAGUGGUGCCAGAUUUGAAGGUGUCAAUCUAUCCGACAGCGAUUGGGAAAGUCAAGAUGAAAUAUCUUCCAAUGCUGUUUCGAUCUCAAAUCUGGAAUUCCGAUUGAUCAAGAAGUGAUUUAGUGUCCGAUACUCCACAUCCGGCAUUCCGACGGUUUUUGUUCAUUAGCACUGCUCUUCUACUUGUGACGAUUAGGAUAGAUGAUGUUUUCAUCCUUCGCUGGGUGAAGUACUGUACGCUUUUUUCUGUAGACAAAAUUUUUAUUUUUCAAGAACAUAAGUUAUGUCGUGAUGCCCUCGGUUGUUUUCUUGUUUAUUUUGAUGUUGAGGUCUUCCAGUUGUGUUUUUUGUCUGAAAUGGCCAUUUUUUGUGAUGAAGACUUUAAGCUUUAUGAACCUGAUGUCAGAGACACCCAGGACUUCUGGAGUUGUGUUACACUCGUUUUUGCGCAUGUGAUACGAAAUGGAGUUGGGAGUUUUUGCAAGAUGAAUUUCGGCUGGUACAGUAGUUCAGCAGUUCCAAAUCUGCCAUUGAUGCUAUUUGAUUCCUGGUCACUCUGAAACGUUACCGUGAAUUUGAUCCCACGAGUUAUGCUGGUUUGUAUACGUUUUCAUCAGCGUUGAUGUUCUGGGGUUAUUUUUUUGCGGUUAAUUUCACGCUGAGCUCGGGAGUUGGGUGCAAAUGUACGAACAACCCGCUUAACAGUG